AUGCGCAGAACCAACAGCACAGGCCUGAGGCUGGAUCUUACCGAGAACACACCAGAUAGCUCUCUCAAUACGUCCCGUCUCCCAAAUCUCGUAGUGGAACAUGCCGAGGCCGUGGGCUCAAAUUGCCACCAGCACACGCUAGGCGAAAACUUGAAUAGCAAGUUGCCGAACGUCGUCGAGGGCUCAAUGGACUAUGGUAGCGAGCGCAGGUCCUCCCGUUAUCUCGCGGAUUAUGAUACGAGCAACGCUGCAGCAGCCGUAGCCGCCGGCAUUCCCGUUAAAUCCAUCUAUCAUCAAGAUGCUGCGGGAAUGCCGUCUUCCUCCCUGAACUACGGGGUCGCCGAGAGUGGUUACCUGGAGCGCGGCUAUCAUACGGUACGCGGCGGCGGAACUUACGAUCGCAAGACCGCGAGCUUCGAUCGUGACAAUCUCGAACGCUAUGACAAUAGAAUAUACCCGGAGGAGGGCAGUCUGAGGUACGAGAGAGGAAGAAUCGAGUGUACAUAUCAAGAAUCCGAUCUCGAUGCUCCGUACGAGAGAAGCGACUCGUCCAAGAUCGGCAAGACUUACAAUACGGAUCACGUUCAGGAUGCUAGCAGACGUUAUUCCCGUGAUAUGAGCGAAUACGAUUACGCCCGAUACGCCGAGGAGACGCUCAAGCUUGAAUCUAAGAAGCCCAAUACCAAAGUGACGUACGAGCUGCCAACGACCAAGGGCUACGAGUCGGGGGUAAAGACCAACAAUCACGAUCAAGCCUACGACCUCGCCGGGCAAAAGGACUCGAUUAGCCGGGGAUAUGACGCGAACGGCAAGUACCAUUCGGCUGGUGGUAAAAUGUACGGUACGUUGCCUCGUUACGAGGCUGCGGGCGCUAAAUACGACAGCGAAUACGAGCGCGGCGCGGCCUCGAAUUUAUCAGCUGGCUUAGGUAGCGGUUACGAGACUAGCACCGGCCGAGCCAAAGUGUACGAGGGCAUUAAGUAUGAGCUAACAACGUCAAAGAGCUACGAGAGAGCCAAGUACGAGAGCUCGGCGGGGUCCUCGCGAUACGGGGGUUCAGCCGACGGGACCAGCAAGUCCUACGAGCAGACGCUAAAAAUCGGAGAGAGUCCUUCUGGGACGCUCGGUGGCUACUCGAGGAAGAAUCCGGAUAAUGUAGAAGGUGGAUGCAACGCGCAAGAGAAAAUGAACGGCUACCGGAAGAACAACUUCGAGGCUUACGGUGUCUACUCCGAUCCCGAGGACGACCACGGCUUCCUCUCCGACAAGAAGACCACUCCGCAGUACACAUACAAGGGUGUUGUUGUGAAUGCUAGUGGAGAGUCUAGUGUUAUCGAUCAGAAGAGAGCGAAAGAAGCUGGCCAUACGAAUAUGAGUGGAAGUCCGUGGUGUCGACCAACAGUUUUGAUGCUGCUGCUCGUACUGCUGGUGGUGAUAUUCGUGCUCAUCGCUGGCAUCCUGUUGUACUUUAAUUAUAUGUCUUAUAAGCCUCGCCAUCCCAUUAUCGAGGGUAAGGAUCUAAAUUACGCCAGUAAUAAUGCCGAGCCCUGCGAGAAGACAUUCUGCGCCCUGGGCAUGAGCUGCGUCGUCUCGGAGAACGGCCAGGCGAUGUGCCAGUGCCCGGCCGCCUGUCCCGAGAGCCACAACCCCGUCUGCGGCAACGACGGUGUCACCUACGCGAACCACUGCCAGCUGCGACGGACGAGCUGCCAGAAGCGCAAGGACACGCGGUUCAAGCACCAAGGACCCUGUGGUGAGUCCAGCCGCAGACCUUUGCUUGCCUUUGUCGCGCUGUUGGCCGGCGGCGGUUGAGCAACGCUCGGCCACUUUUCGCCAGCUUCUUGCUCCUUUGUGGCUUAUUAAUCGUCAAGGGCACUCGAUUGACUCGUUUUAUUUACAAUUUACAC